AUGCCCACACUGCUGCAGUAUGUGAAGGAUUUUGAUGACGCCGUCAGACAAGUGGUUGAUCUUUUGUGUGAAAGCGAUGGUACUGCAGAAGGCAACAUUAAAACAUUCUUGCUUUGUGGUUGGUUCGGCAAGAGUGCUGGUCGGGCAUUGGCAGGACAUGCUGUUCUUAGAGCUAUAGCGAAACUUCUAAAAUCCACAAUAUGUGAUGAUUCUGACAUGAGAAAGAACUUUGACAGAAUUAUCCAUGUGGACUGCUCCCUGUGGAAAAGCAGCAGGACCAUGCAGAGGACAAUAGCAGAGGAGUUGAACCUUCGCCAUGUAAUGCACAUAUUUGAUAAGGAGGAUGAAGAUGAUGAUUUCAGAGGAGUAGACAACAGCUCUAGAAAAGCGAUACCAAGGAUCGCAAGUUUGAUUAAUAAGUCUCUAAGAGAUGAAAGAUUUCUGAUGAUUUAUCAUCAUGGAGGAGAUGAAGAUAUUGAUCUGGUAGAGUGUGGCAUUCCUCUUUAUGGUGAAGGUAAAUUGUUAUGUACCUAUGGUGGAAGAUUUUUGAAGACCAAGUGGAGAGAAUUCAAGUUGAUGCACACUUCUACUGAUAUUUUUAUUUAUGUGACGGCAUAUUCUACAAAUAGUGCAUCACAUAUUGAAAAUGUAUUGCACAAAGAAGCUGCUGGAGUGAUUGGUGACACCGGUAUUGAUGGCAUCAACACAGAAACAGUUUUGGAUUGCUUCUUGUACUCAUUAUUCCUAACAACACGACUACCUGAAAACUUUACUGGUGUUGACUAUGGUUGGGCGACUCAUGCCUGUAACUACUGGAUAUGUGAUGGAAUCCUUGGUGAGGACAAACCAUGGGAGAUUGGCAGUACAUUGUAUCAUGUGAUACCAAUGUUGGGCAAUUCUACUUACGAAACAAGACACAUGGCAUCCUAUUUGGAUGGACAGAAAAAACCCUAUGUAGGUUGGUAUUCAGUCACCUCCAACAAACUAAGGGCAGAAGAUAUCUCUAAUGUUCCUGGCAGUGCAUCAUCAUAUUUCUUAACAUUUCAGGGAGAUGAUCCUGUAUAUGUACGUAAUGAUUUGUUUCAACUAGCCAGCAACAACCUCCGUGUGCUAAAGCUCUACAACUGCAGCUUCAAUUUUGCAUCUCCUCCUUUUCAGUGCUGCCACAACCUAAGAUUCCUUUGGCUUGACCAUUGUGCAAACACUGGGAAGGAGGAGCAAAGUGGAGGGCCAAGUUUUCCGUGCCUGCUGGUGCUUGACUUACGUUUCACAGAGUAUGUUUUCUUGCUUCGGAUGAUUGAACUGAUGACCAAUCUCAGGGAGCUAAAUACAAGGGGGGUCUCAUGGAAGACUCUAAGUCAUGCAUGGAAAAAGCUACAGAAGCUUCAGAAGCUCCGAUUAACAGAAUCUUCAGAUGUGGUCACGGUGGACAGUUGCUCUCCGGUAGAUAUGAUGAACCUGGAGCUGCUUGACUUGUCACGAAACACUCACCUGGAAUCAUUGCCAACAUUAUCAUCGGCAAGAAGCCUGAAGACGCUUAUUCUUGAUGGUUGUUCCAGCUUGGAGCAAGUUGCCCUGCAAGGAGCUCCUCCACUGCUUGUAAGUUUUAGCUUCGAUGGUUAUGGCCCAGCAGAGAAUUGGACACAUUCGAUACACCUGCCACAAAAGGAAUUGCGCCUCAAGUCUCCUUUAGCUCCGGUUGAAAUAGUCAAGGUGACAAAGAUCUCCCUACACGGUUGUGGUCGAUUGCAUAACAUAUUCCUUCGUGGACUGCCAAAUCUGGAGGAACUGAACCUCUCUGGUACAGCCAUUAAAAUACUUGACCUCCGAGCAAUGGAUGUCCCGAAACUCAAGAAGUUAUUUCUGCUGGGCUGUGAGCAGCUUCGCAGACUAAUUUUGCAUGGAUCACCUAGAUUGAAAGUGCUCCAUGUGGACACACAGAGGAAGAUUAGAUCAAUGAUCUGCUGUGGAGAACAGGGAUCCUUUGACAUUGAGGUAUGUAUUGCUUUUACGGAUGGAAGAUUCAUUUGGUCAUCUGCAAAGGGACUCGUUUUCCAGACAGAAAACCUUCUCUCCAAGGUGUACCUCCUUAUCUCUUGUAUGAGCAGUAGCCAAGCCAACAUCACCAAAAGUAUCAAGAAGAUUGGAUCUAGCCGACAGGGUUUGGUUCCAACAAGGCCGUUAUUACCGUAUAAUGAUAUUGCCAUGGCUAAAGAUGUUACAUGCUCGCUCUUGGUGUGGAACUGUCAACAGCUCCAAACUUUGAACGUGCAUAUCGAGAUUGGUAAAGGAAGCUAUAAUUUAGAGAGUAUGCAAGAUGAAGGGGAUUUCACAAGUUUCGCAGCUUUUGUCGUUGAAUCAUUGCAUGUGCAUGACAAUUGCUCCAUCACUGCUAUCCCCCCAACGAAUGGGUCACACUGGCAGAGACUAAAAUGGUGUCAUGUUGAGAGGUGCCCCAAGCUACACUCUGUGUUUCCAUCUCGGUAUAGAACAUACAACUUUCAGCGUAUAAACACAUUUUCAGCUUCUGAUCUCCUAGUGGCCUAUUGCAUCUGGGGAGGCAUCAAGAAAUCUUGGGAUGACCACACACACCAUAGUCUCCAACAACUGCAGCACAUAUACCUGUACAAUUGCCAAAGGCUGGUGUUCGUCCUCCCCAUUUCCUUCACCUUGCCCAACUUGGAGACCCUCCAGAUCGCAUACUGCAGUAACCUCCGGCAUGUUUUCCCAUGGGACCACGAGUACACUGAGGAAAUAGCAUCUGGUUUCACAUUCGACAACCUGAAGCACAUCAAGCUACACCAUCUUCACAAGCUGGAGCAGAUAUGUGAGGUCAAAUUGACUGCACCUGCGUUGCAGUCAGUCGGCAUCAGGGACUGUUGGGGUCUCAGGUGUCUCCCGGCUGUAACACGUCAAGGUCCUAAGCCGGUGGUGGACUGCGAGAAGGACUUGUGGGACAAGCUCAAAUGGGAUGGCUUGAGGGCUGGACAUCACCCGUCGCUGUUCGAAACGCGCCACUCAGCCUACUACAAGAAGACCCUCCCGAGGGGCUCCUACCUAAGGUGA